AUGCAAUCUCCUUAUGUCUCCAUGUAUUUAUCUAUCUCCACACUAAUCCUAACAACAGGCUCCUUAGCAAGCUACUCACCAGCCACAUCAUACCUCAUAUCCACCUGCGACGACGCCACGUACUCAAACCUAUGCCUCGAAACCCUCCUCCCCGAUGUUGACCGCAUCAACAGCACCCCGAAGAAGUCCACUCGCCUUGCAAUAGCAGCCACCAUAGCCGUAGCCCAAUCCGGGUCUAAGAGCAUCACGCAGCUCUCAAAACAACCUCAAGUUUGGAGCCGCGAAGCUAACUCCCUCGACGAUUGUAGUACCUCAAUCGCUAACUCGGUCAAGGGAUUGAACGCAGCAUUAGACACCACGGACCACUUGGGCGGUGGCAGUAAGAGUGACAAGGAGUCAAAGAGGGUAAGCAUGGUUAAUAACAUCAGACCCGUGCUUACGGCUAUAGACACUUGCCUUAAGAAUUUACAAGGGUUGAGGGCUAGAGAUGUUGUCUUAAACAGAGUUCAAGAUUCUAUGACACCACUUAAUCAUCUUGCUACUAAUGCUAUCGAUCUCAUCCGUCGCAUGCAGUUUUAA